AUGGCCGAUGAUCCUCAUUGCCAAUAUUUUGAUUGUUUUAAAACGACAACAGAAAAUCCAGAAUUAUCUAUGUUUAAAUUUCCCAUAGAAGAGAGCAUGCGUAAUAUUUGGUUACAUAAUAGCGGUAAGUAUUUUUAAAAUAACGUGGUUUUUAUUAAUUUUUUUUAUUAAAUUAUCGUAUAUAAUUAAUUACCAUUAUACGUUUCUGGCAAAAUAUUAUCAGUAAUGUGUCCCUCAUUUUCUUACAAGGAAACGUCAAGUUACUUUCAUUUCCUAAAGAAGAGCUGUUCCACAAAAUGAUUUGUGAACUACAUUUUCGACCUGAAGAUAUCAAGAAGCCAAAGAAAAAAGGGUCGACCAAAGAAUUGAAAGUAACGGCUGUCCCUUACGAUUAUAACUUGGAAAAGUCUACUGCAGCAGGUAUGAAAUAA